CGGGUAAAGAUGAAUCUCAAAAGUCGCAUCAUCCCGUCACUGGGUAACACGGCACAAGUAUGAUGAUCAGUUCAACAAGUUCAGUCCCCAAGACGGGACUGUUUCCAAAUCUUUACUAGACUCAGCAUGGUAGAAGGGGGAAAAGGAACCUCUGAAAUGCAUGGGCCCUUUUUAAACCCCGGAGGCAACCCGCGAACUCCUCCACGCCGGCCGCUCUGGACCCGGGCUGGCUGACUUGGUGUACGGAGUACUAUUGCUUGCUCGCAUUAUCGCAGUACAUUACCUGAUUGGACUUUGGUGUUCCCGCAUACACUCGACUGUCUCUAAUAUUUGCUGUUCCCCUUACUCUCCACUACCUUGAAAAACUCGAGACAUGCAUCUUGAUGCUUGUUCACAGAAUGGUCACCUUUUAGUCAAUACCGGUACAUUGACACAGCCAUGCGCCACAAUUCAGACCAGUUCAACUUGAUAAUGCAUUGUCCCGGAAAGCUCACGGUAUUUUGAUCACAACAACAAGCUUACACCCUCGUCGCCAAGCAUAACAACAGUGAUAUUCAUUCCAGCGCCCAAGAUUCCAUCAACAUUCGAUGGCUUCAAUCCCUUCGUGGACUAAAAGCUUGGCUCCUUGUAUAACCAGCUGCUCUCCUUUGGCUACCGCCGCAAGAACGGCGGAGCUGGAGGAGCUCGUUCGCGUUAUUCGGAGCACACCAGCUAUCGACAACCAUGCGAACCCUUUGCUAGGACGAAAGGAACCAGAAAACUUUCCUUUGCUUGCCGGUACCGCCACCGGUAAAGGAGAGAGUCCUGAUGUGGUCGAAAUGACCUUGGGACAGCAACGCGCUCUCAGGCAACUUGCCACGGCUCUCCAGUGCGAGCCAUCUUGGGAUGUCGUUGCUCAUGCUAUCAGGAACAAACGACUCGACGAGGCUGAAUAUGGAAAAUGGGUUGCCAAGUGCUUGGCUGGUGUCGACACGAUUCUGUUCGACGACGAGUCCAGAGACCGGAAUAUAACGCACGACAUGACGUGGCAUGACAGAUGUUUAAGCGGCAAUUGCAGGCGCAUCUUCAGCAUAGAGACCGUCGCUGCUGAGAUCAUCGACAGCCACGCAAGGUCAUACUACCAAUCGAGCUGCACGAACAGCGGACGACGUCGCCGUCAGUCAUCAGAUGAUAUAUUCGACAGAAUGCUAGACGAUUUCGGCAUCGCCGUCAAGCAGGCCAUCGAGAAUAUCGACAUAGUUGGCUUCAGCUCCGUCAUCGGUCAUCGCACUGGACUUGGCAUCCGCAAGGCUGUAGACAUUGCUGCCGCCCGGGAUUCUUUCGAGGAGAUUGUCGAGAACUACGGGAUGCUGGGAAAGUUCACAACCGUGUCACAUGCGGGCUUGAGUGAUUUGUUCGUCCAUCACACCGCCGUUUUGAUUCGGGAGUAUAGCACCAAUUUCCGAAAGCCUAUCCAGUUCCACACAUUUCUGGGAGGUACCGAUGCCUCAGUAGUCAACUGCAACCCGGCACUUUUGGAGAAAUUUAUACGUGCCUACCCUGUGGUGCCCAUCGUCCUCUUGAACGCAUGCUACCCUUACGCCCGAGAGGCGGGCUGCCUUGCAAGCACACAUGCCAAUGUUCAUGUCGACAUUGGCAAGAUAUUCCCCAGCGUCAGCCAGGGCGGUCAGGAAACCGUCUUGAGAGAGAUGUUGGAACUAUGCCCUUGGUCGAAGAUAUUAUGGGGCACUGGUGCAAAUGACACCCCGGAAUCUUUUCUCCUGGCAAAUAUUCAGGGUCGGGAAGCCCUGAAAGCGGUGCUAUGCGAAUUGGUUUGGAAAGGACACAUAAGUUGCAAGGAUGCCGUCGAUCUUUCAAAGGCUGUCCUUUUUGAGAACUCGAACCGGCUAUACAACUUAGAGCUGUCGUUGUCCAGCUUGCUUGAUAGCACAGAUGGGACCGAUACGGGUGAUGAAACCAGCGACGACGAUGACGAUGACGACGAUUCUGAUUAGAUGACGAGACCUCGUUCACACUGAGAGGGUUGACUGGAAGCUACCUUGGACGCUACAGCUUGUCGAGCCGUGGCACAGAUUAUAUUCGAUCAACUACGAGCAUCUUUGAGGCUGCUAUCCGAACAGAUGCCCAGUUAUUAAUCCCACGAAUAUGAACGGAUUAUGAGAGGAACUCACACAUGUGAGCGUCCACAUGUAAUUGUAUUAUUAGGAACGAAGGGGUUUUUUUUUUGGUUUUUCGACCUGGAAGACGGCCCUGGAUACUCGCUAUCCCAAUUCGCGGCCCAGUCACUAUAUACGGAUACCCAUGGUUGAGGCGUUAUUUGUUUUCUGGCGUCUUAGGAUCCACAAUAACAGAUUCUGUACAAAUUAAACCUAGCAAUAAGAUAAAAGCCCUUCAAAGUAUCCAUUGAGCGUCAAAAUAACCGUCCAGGGGCUAUAAAUACUUUUUUU